AGAGUGGGGAGAGUGAAGAAGAAGAAACCCAAGAGAGAACUUCGGUGUGAAGAGAAUUUAUCGGCACAGCGCGAUUGUUGGUUUGGAGAGGUGAAUGAGGUCAGGCUACGCCUAGGUAUCCGGGCUCCCUCCAUCUUUCUUCGGGCUGCGUGUAUCAGGUGUUGAGAUUGCAGUGAACAGGACCUACACUGUGAAUGAGGAGGAAAAGUGAUGCCACAAGACGACAGUUGUUGCAGAAUUUGCAGCAGGGGCUACUACAGCUGCCGCUGGAAGCACUUGAGUGAAAAUAACAGAAAAUGUGCAUGCUGUUGGUUCUCGGUUGUCACCGUGGUCUCCCUGCUUUCCCUGUGCUGGAUAUACAUUUGUCUUGUUACUUUUAAUGACCAAGACGACGUUAACUGGCACAGCUUCACAAAACUGAAAUGGUGGGUGAACUGGUUCAUGGUGCUGAUCAUCAUUUCUGCAGUGUUAACCAGCUACUGCGUUCUACUGCUGCUCUUUGCACUGUUCCAAGUUGCCUUAGGAGAAUCACUCGACUUACAUUGGCUACACAAGAUCUUCUUAUUUUUGGGUGUGACAUUAAUCGCUUGUGGGGUCGCAGGAAUUAGUUGCAUGUGGGAGAAGGAAUGGCCAACUGUUCUCCUCUCACUCCAGGCCACAGCUCCUUUCUUGCAGUUUGGUGCUGUCGGUGCAUUGACCCUGCUGAGUCCUUUCAUCUUGCGGGGCUUCCACACGGCCAUGGAAAAAUGGCCCAAGUUCCUGAUGGCAGUGGUAUUUGUAGCUAUGUCGGCAGCCAUCUUCGUGUGUCCCCUGUUCAUCAGUUCUCCUUGUCUGAUAAAGCGUACUGAAUUACCUGAAAAACCAAAGCUCAUUGGCCACCGAGGCGCACCGAUGCUGGCCCCAGAGAACACCAUGAUGUCGUUCAGCAGGAGCAUCUCGUGUGGCGUCAUAGCCUUUGAGACUGACGUGCAGCUCAGUAAAGACAGAAUUCCCUUCUUGAUGCAUGACAAUAACUCUGAGUUCUUGUUGAGAACGACAAACGUUAAAGAGAAGUUCCCUGACCAAAACGUCAGCCACAGCACUCACUUGACGUGGGAGGAAUUACAGAGUCUGAAUGCAGGUGAAUGGUUCCUGAAGACGGAUCCUUUCCGUUCGGUGUCCAAGCUCACAGAAGAGGAGAUGGAAACAGCCAGGAAUCAGACUAUACCCUCCUUAGAUCAGCUCCUCAAUCUCGCCAAGCAGCAUAACAUCUCAGUGAUAUUUGACCUGUAUAAUCCCGACAAGGAAAAUGACUCAGAGGUCAUCGUCAGCACCAUCUUGAAUUCUAAAUUUGACCCAAGCCUGGUCCUCUGGCUUCCUCCAGAAAAAAGAGAAUAUGUAAUUAAGACUGCUCCAGGCUUCAUCCAGGUCUAUAAAAAUGAAAGGGAGAUGCUUGACAAAAACGGAAAGUACUUGAAUGUGAAAUACAGCAAUUUGAGCAUAAAAGAAAUCAGGAGACUUCGGAACGAUAACGUUACAGUGAACCUGUGGGUGGUUAAUGAGCGUUGGCUGUUCUCUCUGCUGUGGUGUGCAGGGGCCAGCUCUGUUACCACCAACUCCUGCCACCUCCUAAAAGACAUGGAUCAGCCUGACUGGGUCAUGGAGCCCUCUACAUACAAGAAAAUAUGGAUUACAGUGGACAUUGCAUCUAUUCUGAUAAUGACUGGACUCUUCAUCUUUCAGUGCAAAACACAUCGUUCCUCACACAGACAAGGGAUAGGAGAAGGGACUCCCUUCUUACACACUGGGUAGUUUCCCCGACGCUAGCAAGAGAUUCUUCUGCCCGGAAACUGAUGUACAUCCUUGUCUGUAAUGCAAGAACGGUUUGGACCUAGAUCAGGAAGAAACCAAGUUGAUGUGAAUAACAAUACACUGUACUGCUAAGCUAUGAAAAUAAGAAUGUUUUGGAUGGCAGUUUUUUGUUUGGGUUUAUCUUUUGCAGGGUUUUAAUCAUUCUUCUACUAAAAAUGUGAAACUUUUCUUUGAUUGUAUUACUGGAACGUGCGCUAUAGAUCUGCACUGGAUUUGUAGCUUUUUUUUCAUGGUGUCAAUGCUGCAGGAAAGAUGCGUAUGUUCUGUAACCUGAGCCAAAAGCACUACAACAGUUUUAUACACUGUCUUGUUUCUGUGCAUUUAAUCCUUUAAUGCAUGAAUUAUGUUUUGAAAAAUCAGAUUAAGUGAAAACAAACAACAUAUACAUUAGAAAAGUUGCAUUACAACAUACAUAAUGGUUCCUUGUUUCUUUAUGUAAGUUGUAGUUUUGUUUACCAUGGUCAUUGUUUUCUGGUUUCUUCUACAAAAAAAACCCUUUGUAUAUCCUUGAGACAACAAAUGGGGAAAUCACAUUUGUCAUACGUCUUUAAACAAUCAGUUAAAGAUUCAUCCACAUGCUUGAAUUCUCCAAGCAAAUUACUUUGUUUUGAGUGUAUUACAGUAUUGAAACAACUGACAUUACUCUUGUACAUUAGUCUUUUAAAUCUUGUACAUCUUAAAGUUUUUACUCCACUAAAUUUAUUUGGCAGCUUUAACUUGAGUAAAUUCUGAAUGCAAGACUUUUACUUGUAAUGUUGUAACUUUGCAUAUUGUUACUUUACUUAGCUUUACUUUUACUUAAGUAAAGGACUAGAAUACUUUUUCCCCCACCACUAAGAUGUUAAAUUGUAAAAACUAUUCUUCCUUGAAGGGUGUUCCCGCUCCAAGAUGCAACAUUAUAAACACUUCAGCUCCUUGUCUGAUCAAUCUAUAACAUAUCAAAUACUACAAAGUGUAAAAAUAAAAUAAUACAUGAGAUGGGGAGUGAGGGUCAAAAUGACUUUCUGUUCUUUUCAGGCAGUGACGUGUGGUACUGUUCUGCCUUGCACUGACAUAACGUUGUCAGAAUCACAAUGUCCAGUUUAAUAAAAAAGGAUCAAAACA